UAAGGAAGCUGCCAUUUUCACAUUGAUUGGUCCAAAUUUCAGCCAAUCAGUGACUGAUCUGGUCAUUACUUCAGGGAGCAUUUCACAGAAGUUCAAGGACCAAUAUGGCGGACGUCGUCCUGAGACGCAUUAGGAGACGAUGUACAGCAAUUGAAAGAGCAUAUCGCCAAGGAUCUGCAGGUCAAAGAGAAGCGCACGCUAUUGACAUCUCAAUUGCUAACCUGAGAAGAGUCGAAGACACUUUUAGCGCCGAGGCUAUGCGGGAUCUAGUUCAGAGCCUUACAGAUCUCCGAUCAGUCAUCACGGAACCCCUAGCUUCAAAUGCUCGUGCAGGUUUCCACGCUGCACCUCGUUUGCGUUCAGGGAGACCAGGGAGACCUGCACUUGACGUUUCAAGAGAGCAACUUGAGCUGCUUCUUACUUCAGGCUUCACAGUCAGAGCCAUGGCAAGGAUGUUGGGCUGUUCCUCCUCAUACCUGCAUAAAAAAAUGAAGUCUAUCCAGAUUUCGGCAAGAAAAAGAUUCACUCCCAUUAGUGAUGCUAACCUAGAGGAGCAUGUCAGGAGACUCCACAACCAGUUUCCAAGAUCAGGCUCAGAAAUGAUGAGGGCGUACCUGCAUGCUGAGGGGAUUGUAGUGCAAAGAAGAAGAGUUCGAGAGACCCUUAACCGAAUUGAUCCAGCUGCUGCAGCCCAGAGAUGGAGCCAGACUGUGGCUAGAAGAAUGUACCAUGUGCCAUUUCCUAAUAGUUUAUGGCACAUAGAUGGCCAUAUGCGUCUCAUUCGGUGGGGUUUUGUGACACAUGCUGGUAUUGAUGGCAACACCAGACUAAUAACCUACAUCAACUGCAGCACAAACAACAAAGCUUUGACAGUGCUGAGUUAUUUUGUUCGGGCCACCUGUCGGUACGGGUUACCCUCCAGAGUCAGAUCGGACCACGGAGGGGAGAAUACUCUUGUGGCUCUUUUAAUGAACCUUUUGCAGGGACAAGGAAGCCACAUUACAGGUCGUUCAGUACACAAUCAAAGGAUAGAACGUCUCUGGAGAGAUGUUUUCCAGCAGGUUGUGCACUACUUCUACCAACUGUUCUAUUCAUUUGAAGAUGAACAAAUAUUGAACCCAGAAGACAACACUCAUAAAAUGGCACUACAAGUAGUUUUUAAACCAGAGAUCCAGAGACGACUCAAUUUAUUUAAAAGUGCUUGGAACAACCACAGAAUCAGAUCUGCGAACAACCAUACACCUACACAAAUGUGGAUGGAGGGAAUGCUGUCCAACAGUGAACAGGAGUCAGCAGCUCUCAACAAUGUCUUUGGAGAUGACCCGUACAGUGAAGAAAGUCUGGAAGCUGCCUUGGCAAGACAUGGCAUACAGCUCACCCAGUUAGAGGCAAACAAUGAGGACCUUGAUCGAAGAGUGAGUGUGUCACAACCACCCUAUAACCUGACCUCUGAACAGCAGCGGAUGCUGCAAAAUGCAAUGGAUGGAGCAGCAGACCUAAAGGAAAGGUAUAUGGUGUGUACAAGAGAACUUCAAAACUUUGUUCUAACAACAUAAUACAACCACUCAAACCUUCAGACUAUGGAUG